CCUACCGACCACGUCUCACACACACAUACACUCCAUGGGCACCACACACACGCAUCCGCACGCCUUUUCCCCGCCACGCUAUGGUGCACACGUGUGUGGUGUCUGGUUGUAGGAACAGACGAACCCCGGGGACCGCCUUAUCGUUUUACCGGUUCCCCCGGGACCCGGAGAGGAAGCAGCGCUGGGUCGACGCGGUGAACCGGCAGGGAUGGCAGCCGAACGACGGCAGUCGUCUCUGUAGUAGUCACUUCAUCUCCGGAAAGCAGGUGAAGAACCCUCGUUCCCCAGACUACGUUCCCUCCCUCUUCUCUCCUCCGGCCCCCGACAUGAGGGAACCAGCGGACAUGAAGGAACCAGAAGAUUCGGAGCUCCGGGACAAACAGCAAGCCCAGGUGGAGGCCGCCAAUGCCCUGCUCUUCCUGCAGGGCCAGGGCCGGGACCCAAUCCAGACCCAGACCCCUAAAGAAGACCGCCCUGGACCCGAGACCCCCUCGUCGCCCCCCAGUGCCGACGAUGGCGACAAUGAGGAGGCGCGGGACGCUAACUUUGCGAGGGGUAGCAAGAGAGGACGGGUGGCCGUGAAGGAGGAGGAGUCGGUGGGUCUGGAGGGGGCGCUCGGUGCGCUGCAGAACGAGAACCAGGCCCUUAGGGAGGCGCUGGAGAAGAUGUCCCUGUCGGAGAGCUCCCUGAGGAACGACCCGGAGAAGGUUCGCUUCUACACGGGCCUGCCCAACUACUACGUCCUGGAGACGGUCAUGUGGCUGCUGGCGCCGCACAUGGACGACACCACCAAGACCUCGCCCAAGAACCCCAUGCGUCUCUCCAAGUUCCAGCAGCUGCUGCUCACCCUGGUGCGGCUGCGGCUGGACCUCCGCCACCAGGACCUGGCGUACCGCUUCGGCGUGCGCCUCGGCACGGUGACCAGGGCGGUGCGCCGCGCGGUGGACGUCAUGUCGUCCACGCUGGUGCCCACCGCCGUCUUCUGGCCCUCCAGGGCCGAGCUGCGCAAGAACUUGCCCGCCGCGGUGCGCGCCGCGCACCCCGACUGCGCGGUCAUCAUCGACUUCUUCACGGUGUCCCUCGAGCGGCCUCCGACCGCCCCCCCCCACGGGGACCGACCGGGGAGGGCGGGGCCGGGCGGGAACACUCUCAAGUACCUGAUCGGCGUGGCGCCGCAGGGCGUGGUCACCUUUGUCUCCGGGGGCGUGGCCGGCGACGUCGGCGACAAGACCCUGGUGGAGGGGUGCGGCUUCCUCUGCAAGCUCCUCCCAGGCGACGUGGUGCUGGCCAGUCACGGCCUGGACAUCGGCGAGUCGGUGGCGGCCCGGGGGGCGUCGUUCAAGAUUGCCGGGGGCGGAUCAGAGCGAGGGAGCGCCCACUCUCUGCUGGGACACGUGGAGAAGGUCAUCGCCAUGGUGAGGCGGCGCUACGCCGUGCUGACGGGGCCCGUGGAGAGCUGCUUCGCCUCCGACCGCUCCGCCUUCGACAAGGUGGUGCAGGUGGCGUGCGCCCUGAACAACCUGUGCAUCUCCGCCGCGCCACUCGAGUGACAGCGGUCAGGGCGAGGGCACCUCUCUCCUCAUUGCCCAUUGCUGCCUGUAAUUGGUCACCAAUACGCAAUUUCCCUUUUAGUUUUGUAUGCCGGGCCCUUUAGUGCCGUUUGGAGUAUAUUUGAGACCAAAA